CACAGCAGUAUGCAUAUUCUUGAUUAUUACAAAUUUGAACAACAAGGACAUUACAUAUAAUCUCUCACCCUGCAAAGAAUCAAAGCGGAAACUGGGAUUUUUUCCAUGAGAUAUGCAAAUGUUUCAUGUUGGUGCUCUUCCUGGAUUGCCUAAUUGUUUUCCAGCGUUAAAUAAGACAUAAUAUUCUGCAACAUAAUAAAGACAGAAUUGCAGCACUUAAUGGAAAGAAGAUGAUGUUGACAGAAAAGUUUUAUAAUGUGUUUGUAACACAAAUCAGGAUAUUUUCUUUAUUUUGUGCAAUCCCAUAUCGCUGGGAUGAUACUUCUGCAAAGCUUCGAGCAGCAUCGUUUGUGACCACAUGGAUAUGGAAAUGUCUAAGCUUGAUUCAGAUACGCUACGCUAUUUUUCUAAUUGUGAGACUCGUCCAGUCUUUCAUGGACCCAGACUAUUCUUCCGCUGCCAAGCUAGCAAUCUUUGGAUGGGUUUCGUUACAUAACUGCUCAGCAGUGUGGUAUAUUCCUCUGUUUUUUAAGAGGGACAUGAUUAUGGAAGUCUUCAAUUUUAUGAUAGAUUUCGAAAGAAGAGAUUUGGACUAUCCUCGGCCGAAAAGAAGUCAACGUGAAGAAGACUGUCUUUACUUUCUCCACCUCAUUUCGACAAUUCUCACCGUGGUGGUGCCAUACGUGAUUCCUUUUGCAUUCUGGCUUCACCCAUGUGCACCUCAAUUUCUGAGUUCCAUGGUGCUAACCUGCCCCUCAAGAGGAAACUGGACAUGGACAUUUUUGAUACUCAAACUACUCUUUUUGGCCGUGGAAAUUAUAGCCUCGCAACAAAUGGUGCUACAUACAAUUUUUAUGCUUUUUACCUGCUACUACCUGAUGAUAAGUAGCCUCGGAGCUUACCUCGAGUAUAUCAAAACCAUAAGGCUGAAUCAUUUUCACUUCCGUCCACUAUUUGUCAAGAAACUAACUCUUUACCGAAGGCUGCAACUCCUUACGACCAUCAUUAACGAAUGCUUUCACACUACUCUUCUCCUGUUUAAGAUAAUCUUGUCGACUGUUCUCAUGACCUUGAUAUAUUUUUUCGUCAAACUCUUUAGGCCAGACACAGUGUUUCCGGUCAUUGGUCAAGUAUGCAUUCAUUUAAGUUUAAUGGCAGCACUUUGUACUCUUUACCUGGUAUACGGGACGGCUGGAAAGAUUUACCGAAAUUCGGAGAAAGUGGUCACUCAAUGGAAACGAUUAGGACAGAUCAAUCGUCUCCAAUGGAUCAGGAUCAACUUUCAGGCCAUGCAGCCAAUAGCUAUUAGAAUGGGAUAUGGUUCAUUUGCCUUUAUCAAACCUUGCACAUGGCUCUCAGUAAUUUACUUUUGUGUCAAACAUGUCGUUUUACUUUUAAUAAUGUCAGGAGAUCAUCUUACAACUGUGUUUGAACGUUAUAAUAAUAUUAAAGAACGUGGGUGAUUAAUGUACGUAUGUACAAAAAUUAAUAUUUUUAUAAUCGAAGAGAAUUAAG